UCUGGUGAACACACGGGGGGCUGUGCAUAGACUGUUAAGUUAUUAUAGGGUCUCUCGUAAGCACAGGCGCUGCGCACAGACCGGUUAGGUAGUAUAAGGUCUCUGGUGAACACACAGGGGGCUGCGCACAGACUGGUGAGCUGUUGUGGGGUCUACACAGUGUUUGCUAUUUUGGCAGGGCUGGGAGCUGGCAGCUGGUCUCUGGGGUUGGGAGGAGACAGUCACAGGGAACUGAUGGGUCUCCUGCCCCCCAGGUGUCCCUCGCAUUGUCCUGCUGGAAGCUGUGAAGGCCCAUCCCGGCCAGCGAUGCUGAUCCUGAGCUGUCCCUCCAAGCUGCGGCUGCUGGAGGGGAUGCUACGGCGGGGCCUGCCUGACAUGCUGCCGGUCUACGGCGCUGUGAUGCAUGUGAACCGCGGGAACCCGGCUGGCCAGGAGGUGCUGGUGGAUUCAUGGCCAGAGUUCAAAAUGGUCCUCACCCGGCCACGCAGAGAAGUGGCGCGGGACCCAAGUGAUUAUUUCACCAACUUGUACACGGCCUUUUACCGGGACGAGGGCGCCUGCCGGGCCCUGCUGGGGAACAGCCGCGCCGUGGACUGGGGCCAGGCCUUCCAGAUACUGGGGCUGCAGGACGGGGUAUACGAGAACAUCAGGGACAUCGCCAGGGCCAGGGACCUUGAGAUGGAGACGUAUCCGCACCGGCCACUGCUGCACCCAGACCCGCCUGCCAUGCCCCAGUACCGGCCUGACAGGGGGCUCAGGCUGGCCCCCGUGUCCCCCGCCCACGCCAUGCUGCUCAGAGACACCUGGCCGUUUGGGGGGAACAGCUGGAGCCUGCGCUACCUGAGCUGCCUGAUCCGCCACUUCCCCAGCGCCUGCCUGCUGGACCCUGAGGGGACCCCCAUCUCCUGGUGCCUCACCGACCCGCUGGCUGCCCUGACACACGGUUACACCCUCCCGGAGCAUCGUGGCCAGCACCACCUGCGGUCUGUGGUGGGGACGCUGGCGGCACAGUUGCAUGCCCACGGCUUCCCUGUUUACGCUGGGGUGCUGCCCCACAACGAGCCUUCGCUGCACGUCCUACAACGCCUCAGCUUCCGCAUCCUGCCUGGGGUGUUCUACCUGCUGGUGGUGAGGCCUGGGUUCGCCCAGUCCCAGCCAGCCAGUGCCCUGGACUCGGCUCAGGACCCUGCGCCCAGCUCUGGGGAACGGCAACACGCCCAACAGCACGUAGCACAGGGGGAGGGGAGCGGAGGAGAAGAGGACACGGCCUAGGGCCCUGCACCCAGCUCUGGGGGACAGCCACGCUCUGCCAGCACAUAGCCCUGGGGGAGGGGAGGAGAUGGGGACAUGGCCCAGCCAUGCCCAGGGACCUCCUGCUCUGCUACCCCCCAUGAAGGGGACACACUGACCAGGCACCAGGGGAGCUCAGCUGUCAGCCCUUGGGAAGCCGGGGCCUGGUAGAGGAGACUCUCUCAUGCUCCAUUAUCCCCUGCAGCAGGGCAGAGGCUCAGUAGGGGGCGCUCUCCCCUGGCAGUCAGGGCUGGCCCCAAAGAGACCAGGGUGAGGGCUCAGCAGGGGGUCUCUCUCGCUCCCUUCCCCAGGCAGUUUGUUGCUCGGCUGGGCCUGUGGUGGUGGUGUGGGGGGGUCCCCGUUCCAGGUGCUGCGCCUGGUCUUGCCAGAGCUUUGGUGCAAGCUCCCUUGGGCUCUGAGCACAUGUCCCAGCUGUGGCCCACCCCUGACCUACCCUGUGGUGAUAGGGGGCAGGUGCUGGCCUUGCACGGCUGCUCCAGGGCCAGCAGCCAGCUGGAAAGCCAGGCCAGGGCUUGUGUUUAUGCUGGUGCACUACAGGGGGGAGGGAAGCAGUCACAGGACCCCCCCCCCCCCCAUAGAGCCCUGCUGGGCCCAAACCCCGAUAGUGUAGACGUACCAAAAGAGAAUUUUCUGUAAUAGUUUUGAUGCCGGUGUGCCUCAGUUUCCUUCUGUACUUUGCAUCUCUGCCCAGUGGGUGCCAAAGGGUUAAAAAGCUGCUCCUGGGGCAGAGCAGGGACGGGAGGGGGGUGUCACAUGGCUGGGGGCAGGACCUGGGCGUUCAGGAUCAAAACCAGACCAACGGAGGCUCCACAAAGAAGAAGAGUUGGGUUUUGGUGGGACUCAGGAGCUCCCAGCUGGGACUGAAAGAGAUGGAGACAGGAUCCAGUUUUGGCUCUUUAGCAGCUCAGCUGGGUGGGGCCCUGGCCUGUGUCUUCACCUUCACUUCUCUCUGCUGCCCCAGGGACCUCCCAGGCUGGGUUCCCGGGGACCAAUAAACCGUGUGCUGUGUGGAAAAGGCUUUGGGAUGUCACUGCAAACACUGGCUGGGGGACACUGGUCCCCACAGAGCAGCCAGGUCUCUCCAGGCGUCUGGCUCAGUGCAACGUGCCGGGCAGAGCUCAUGGGGUGAAGCAGGAGGGCCGGAGCCAUGUGCUCGGCCCUGGAGUAAGACAAGGCAAAAGCAGCUCAAGCUCCCACCCGGUGACCUGGGACAAUUACACACCACCUCCCUGGGCGCCUCUAGGAGGCAACACUUCCCCUCUCGCAAGCACAGAGUCUGAGUGUAGCCAAAUCCUUUUAAUAAAGGAGUGAAACAUUGUGGCAUUAUGUUGAGGAAGCAUCACAAACAGGAUUCAUAACACAAACUAUAACACAAAACAUUGCGGCAUUAUGUUGGGGAAACACCACAAACAGGAUUCAUAACACAAACCAU